CCACCCGCUCCCAGAAUUAUUUCGGAUAAGACCGCCAAAGUACUGUCGUUACUGUCCAUAGGGGAGCAUCGCAACUUUUUUUCCUUUUUUCCUUCUUCGCCAAACACAUUCAGCAGCACCAUGGCUUCUCCUCAUUCCAGUGAGAAGAUGGCCGACAAGGCUGAGACCACCGUCCAAGCCAAGACCAGCAGCGAUGGCAGCCAUCUGUCAGACCCCGAACACAACGAGAUUGUAAAGGACUGGUCCGACGAGGAGGAGCGCAAGGUAUUACGGAAGACUGACCUCCUCUUGAUACCUCUUCUGGCCCUAUGUUUCGCAUGUCUCCAGAUUGACAGAGGAAAUAUCGGCAAUGCACUGACGGAUUUCUUCCUCAAAGAUGUUGACAUCACCCAAAACCAGUUCAAUCUGGGCCAGCAACUCAUGGCUGCUUGUGCUGUAGUGCUCGAGAUUCCCAGCAACAUGAUCCUCUACAAAGUCGGUCCGACCCUGUGGAUUGGCAGCCAAAUCGUCGCAUGGGGCUUUGUAGCCACCUUCCAGGCCUUCCAGAAGGGAUUCGGGGCCUUCCUCGUAACCCGCAUCCUCCUAGGUCUGACUGAAUCCGGUUUCAUUCCCGGUGCCCUCUAUUCCAUCACAUCCUGGUACAAGAGCGGCGAAUUAUCCAAACGAUUCACCUUGUUUUGGUUCGGCAACAUGCUUGCAAACGCCUUUAGUGGUCUGAUCGCAUACGGCAUCCUGCACAUGCGAGGAGUUGCCGGCCUGGCCGGAUGGCAAUGGUUGUUCAUAAUCGAAGGCACCUUUACUGUUCUAGUCGGCUUCCUGUGGUUCGCCAUCUUCCCUAAGUCGACCAAAGACCCCGUAUCCCUGCUCGGUUUCACCGUGUUCAAUGACCGAGAGCGACACAUCCUGGUGAACCGCGUCCUGCUCGAUGACCCGUCCAAGGCGAUACAGAGGCCGCAUAUCGAAUGGUCCGAACUCAAGAAAGCGUUGGCAAACUGGACAGUCUACCCACACCUGGUGCUCACCAUCUCGGCCAUAGCGCCCAUGGCCGCUCUGACUUCCUACUCUCCCACCAUCGUCGCCUCCUUUGGUUACGGCCGGCUCCAAGCCAACGCCCUGGUCUCCAUUGGUUCCUGGUGCUCCAUGGUUGUCUGCAUCAUUUGGGCUUGGGGAGCCGACCGCACCAAGGUGCGCGGCCCAUUCGUCUUUGGUGGUCUUCUGAUCUACUGGGGCAUUGUCAUUGGAAACCGCAUGCUCGUACAUUCCAAAAAUUCACAAGCCCGGUUCGCAUUCCUGACGCUCGCAACCAUCUUCUCAGCGCCAGGCCAUCCCGUAAACGCAUCCUGGGUGGCUCUCAACGCUGGCACGGCGGCGCAACGGGCCAUCGCCAUGGCCCUCUUCAUGGUGUCGUCGAAUCUGUCGGGUGUCGUGGGCUACCAGCUGUUCCAGAAGAAGGACGCGCCCAACUAUCCCGUUGGCUGGGCUGUGAUUAUUGCGCUUGUGACGUUUGGGCUGUUUUGUGCUGCCGGAGCGAAUAUCCAGUAUUGGCUACUGAACGGGCGCGUCUUUAGGCGUAAUUUGAGGUAUAAGUACUAGUAGUCGGAUGAACUACUGCAUAGUAUUAGUAGAGAAAUAUCAAUCAUGUUCAUAGCAUUCCUUCUUCACAUGCAUAAGAUUGGGUGAUUGAAAUAGGACUGUGAAGGUACCUAGGUUCAUAA